ACUUUCUACAGAGUGUCUCAUGGAGCUUCCUUUGGUGCUGAUCAGCAGCUGCUGGAUCAACUCAAUGAAUCUCCUCAUUUCUAUCUAAAAGAAGCAGAUCUGCAUACAUGUCAGAUUAUUUUUGUGUUCUGUACCAUCAACACUCGCAUAUUGUCAGAUGUGGAGGCUGCAAUGGAACAAAUCACAGAAUCAGCUGGUGAUAAACCUGUGAUUCUUGUUGUGAUGCACCACACCAGAGACAUCAACUUUACAACAACACGGAAGAAAUGGAAAGAUAAAUAUAAACGGGUUCAGCUUGAUGUUGAAGUUCUCUUUCACAGGAGUGAAGGAGGCUUACUGAGAUGUGAGAAGAACAAACAAGCUGUUGAAGAUAUAAGAAGAAAUGUUCAACACAUAAGAAAU